CAUGGCGCUGGGUGCCGGGGCAGCGGGGCGGCUGCCGCACCUGCCGGCCGGGGGCUGCCUCCCCCUGCUGCUCCUGCUCCUGCUCCUCCUCUGCGGACAGCUCGGGGGAGGACAGAAAAAGAAGGAGAAUCUCCUGGCUGAGAAAGUGGAGCAGCUGAUGGAGUGGAGCUCCAGGCGUUCGGUCAUCCGCAUGAAUGGAGAUAAAUUCCGAAGAUUUGUGAAGGCUCCACCUCGUAACUACUCUGUGAUAGUGAUGUUCACUGCUCUCCAGCCACAGCGGCAGUGCUCUGUUUGCAGGCAAGCUAAUGAGGAAUAUCAAGUGCUGGCUAAUUCAUGGCGCUAUUCAUCUGCUUUUUCAAACAAACUGUUUUUCACAAUAGUGGAUUAUGAUGAAGGGGCAGAUGUUUUUCAGCAGCUGAAUAUGAACUCUGCUCCGACUUUCAUGCAUUUUCCUCCGAAGGGCAAACCCAAGAGAGCUGACACAUUUGACCUGCAGCGAAUCGGAUUUGCAGCUGAACAGCUAGCUAAAUGGAUAGCUGACAGAACAGAUGUUCAUAUUAGAGUGUUCAGGCCUCCUAACUACUCUGGUACAAUUGCACUGGCUCUUCUGGUAUCUCUUGUUGGUGGCUUGUUAUAUCUGCGAAGAAAUAAUCUAGAGUUCAUCUAUAACAAAACUGGCUGGGCCAUGGCAGCUCUGUGCGUUGUAUUUGCCAUGACAUCUGGUCAGAUGUGGAAUCACAUCCGUGGACCACCGUAUGCGCAUAAAAAUCCUCAGAAUGGACAAGUGAGUUACAUACAUGGAAGCAGCCAAGCUCAGUUUGUGGCAGAGUCCCAUAUUAUUCUUCUGCUGAAUGCUGCUAUCACCAUGGGAAUGGUACUCCUGAAUGAAGCUGCUACCUCGAAAGGUGAUGUUGGAAAAAGGAGAAUAAUAUGUCUGGUAGGCCUUGGUCUUGUCGUCUUUUUCUUCAGCUUCCUGCUGUCAAUAUUUCGCUCCAAAUACCAUGGCUACCCAUACAGGUAA